GCUAGUCGUCGUUGCUUGCUGGACGCUAAUGGAGUUGCUUACUGGGGUCCUCCGAGCUUCGCCAGAUGCGUCUCGAUGGAAUUCAGAUAUUUACAUUUAUCUUUGCGAGAGCAUCUUGCGAAGGGUCAGAGGACCCUGGCUGGAGAGGGCAUGUCUCAGGUCGUGAGGAAUCUCCUGGAUCUCUUACAGAGGAGGAGCUACUACAGUGGUGACCUCCUGUUCUCCACAGAGAUUCUCCGAAAUGUGACGGACACCUUCAAGAGAGCAACCUACAUCCCAGCUCCCGACGACACACAGAAAUUCUUCCAGGUAGUCAGCUAUAUGUUGGACAUGGAAAACCUUGAGAAGUGGGAAGACGCUCAUCAGGUUUCUCCUGGUACGGCCCAUCUCAUGCGUAUCUUGGAGGACUUCAUCCAUCUGAUUGGAGAGGAUCAGAAACCCUUCCAGAGUUUCCUGGUGGUCACCAACAACCUCAUGAUUACAAUACAGCGAGAGCCCGUGACAGCGGUCUCCAGUGACAUCAACUUCCCCAUGAAGGGCAGGAGGGGAAUGAAGGACUGGGCUCGUUCCGCCGAAGACAAACUCUACAUCCCCAAAGAGGUCUUCACCCUAACCUCUGAAGAAACAGAAACGGAGACCUCCUAUUUUGUCAUCGGAGCCAUCCUUUAUCGAACCUUAGGAGUCAUCCUUCCUGCCCCCAAAGCCCCUGCUGUGAUCAACUCUAAGAUUCUGACGGUGACGGUCCGACCAGAACCCAAACCCAGUGAACCCAUGGUGGUUGUAGAGCUGUCCCCACUGCUUAAUGGCACCUCAGAUCCUCAGUGUGUUGUCUGGGACUAUGGGAACCUGGAAGCUGGUGCUGAGAACUGGGACACAGAGGGCUGCCAAACGCUCGCUUCUGCCGCUGUCCACACCAAAUGCCUUUGCAGCAGGAUCUCCACCUAUGCCAUACUAGCGCAGCAAGCUAAAGACCCGGACAUGGGUCCAUCCAGUAUGCCUUCUGUUCCCCUCCUGGUGGGCUGUGGGGUCUCCUGCAGCGCUCUGCUCAUCCUGCUGCUCAUCUAUGCUGCUUUCUGGAGGUAUAUUCGUUCGGAAAGGUCUAUCAUCUUGGUUAAUUUCUGUCUCUCCAUCCUGGCAUCCAACAUGUUGAUACUGGUUGGACAGUCCCAGACACUCGGCAAGGGCCUGUGUACUGUGACUGCUGCGUUCCUUCAUUUCUUCUUCUUGGCAUCCUUCUGCUGGGUACUGACAGAGGCCUGGCAGUCUUACCUGGCUGUGAUUGGCAAGAUGAGGACACGCCUCAUACGUAAACGCUUCCUGUGCCUGGGCUGGGGUCUCCCAGCCCUGGUGGUUGCUGUGUCAGUAGGUUUCACUCGAGCCAGAGGUUACGGUACACCCAGCUAUUGCUGGCUGUCCUUGGAAGGCGGGCUUCUCUACGCAUUUGUUGGACCUGCAGCUGUCAUCGUAUUGAUGAACAUGCUAAUCGGUAUUGUGGUCUUCAACAAGCUCAUGUCUCGAGAUGGCAUCUCUGACAAGUCUAAAAAGCAGAGAGCUGGGGCGUCCCUGUGGAGUUCCUGUGUAGUACUCCCUCUGCUGGCUCUGACCUGGAUGUCUGCUGUGUUGGCCAUCACCGACCGCCGCUCCACACUGUUCCAGGUUCUGUUUGCUGUCUUUGACUCUGUCCAGGGUUUCGUCAUCAUUACUGUCCACUGUGCCAUGCGCCGCGAGGUUCAGGACGCAGUGCGCUGUCGGAUGGGGGGAUGUAAAGACGACAGUGAGAACUCACCGGACUCAUGCAAGAACGGACAGGUGCAGAUCAUGUCGGACUUUGAAAAAGAUGUGGACCUGGCAUGUCAAACAGUCAUCUUCAAGGAAGUUAACACCUGUAACCCAGCAACCAUCACCGGGACCCUCUCCCGUAUCUCCCUUGAUGAAGAGGAUGACCCCAAGCUGGCGGCCCACCAGGAGGGGGGCCUAGGGGUCAACUUCAGCUCCCUCCCUGGAAACAUCCCCCCUCCCAACCUACUCGUCCAGGUUCCCCCGCUGGGUGUUCUGAACGAGCUGAGUGACACCACUGUGAAAAAGGAGGUGAACGUGGAGCAGCAGAUGCACCAGGGGAACCCCAGGAACACGGCACCUGUCUACCUGUGCACUGAGAGCGGGAUGGGCUGGUCUCGACCGCCCCCUCCUCCCAACACUCUGGAUGGACCUUGUGGGGGAGGGGAGGGGGACUAUAUGGUGUUACCCCGUAGGACGGUCAGUUUAAAACCCCCCCUGCACCCAGGUCUGGGGCUGGGGGGCGAGGACAAGCCGCUAAACAUCGCAGUGGACGACCCACCCUUCCCCCCGCCCCCAUCGCCCAUGACCCUCCACCCGGCAGAGAGCGAGGCCUACCCAGCUGACUUCAUCUCCCCCGGCGACCACAACAUGAACAUCGGCAUGAACAUGAACCGCUCUUACGGGACGCUCAAGCAGCUACCCGUGCACGGGAGUCAAGGUCCCCAGGGCCACAUGCACGCUCCGGGUGUCCACGUGCAUGGGGGCCACAUGCAUGACUACGGGCACUCGCUGAAGCCUGGCCAGAGGCCAUCGGUGAGGCAGAUUCUAACAGGAGGGGGAGGCGCGGUGGAGCGCAACCGGACCCUGCCACGCAACCUGGGCAGCACCAACACUAACACCAGCCUCUCUGCUGGCUCCCUGGAGAGGAAAAGAGUACGGUACUCUGAGCUGGACUUUGAGAAAGUGAUGCACACUCGCAAAAGACACUCUGAGCUGUACCCUGAGCUCAACCACUCCACCACCAAGUUCCACACCAUAGACAGGUUUAACAGGGACCCCACCAUGUCCACUUUCAAGAGGCCUGUGUUCCCCCUCACAGGUGCUGCCUCCCCCGCCUCCGAGGCAAACUGA